AGAAGAAGAUGGAAACAGAGGGAAAAUAGAAUUAGUAGUGUAACCAUUGUGGACUUUGUGUAGCCUAUUCUUCUCGCAGUUUAAAAUGGCGGCGUUGAGCAGCGCCGAGUCCCCACCGCCCGUCUUCAACGGAGACACCAUGGACCGUGAUCCGGAGCGGGAGCGGGGACUGGACGAACUGGGCGCUGGGCUCGACACCACUUGCUCCGGGGGGAUUCCCGAAUGUCAGCAAGACAUUCCCGAGGAGAUAUGGAACAUUAAGCAGAUGAUUAAGUUGACACAGGAGCACUUAGAAGCACUUCUGGACAAGUUUGGGGGAGAGCACAACCCUCCGUCCAUAUAUUUGGAGGCCUAUGAGGAGUACACCAGUAAGUUAGAUGCACUGCAGCAGAGGGAGCAGCAGCUCCUGGAGGCCAUUGGGAACGGCACCGAGUUCUCCUGCUCCUCUCCCACGCCAGUCGGCUCCUCCUCUGCCCUGCUGGACGUCAAGCUGAGUGGGGCACAGGGCUUCACCCCGGCCCCCAACACCCUGGCCGUCUUGCAGACCCCCACGGACACCACCCGCGGCAACCCUCGCUCACCGCAGAAGCCUAUCGUCCGGGUGUUUCUGCCCAACAAACAGAGGACAGUGGUCCCAGCUCGCUGUGGGAUGACGGUGAGGGAUUCGCUGAAGAAGGCUCUGAUGAUGAGAGGACUGAUUCCUGAGUGCUGUGCUGUCUACAGGAUACAGGAUGGAGAGAAGAAGCCGCUUGGCUGGGAUACAGAUAUCUCCUGGCUGACAGGCGAGGAGCUUCAUGUGGAGGUCCUGGAGAACGUGCCGUUGACCACCCAUAACUUUGUGAGGAAGACUUUCUUCACACUGGCCUUCUGUGAUUUCUGCCGGAAGCUCCUUUUCCAGGGCUUCCGCUGUCAAACAUGUGGCUAUAAGUUCCACCAGCGCUGCAGCACCGAGGUCCCGCUCAUGUGUGUCAACUAUGACCAGCUGGACUUGCUGCUGGUCUCCAAGUUUUUUGAGCACCACCCCAUCACUAAGGAGGAGGUGUCUUCUGAGGGGACCACCCCCGUGUCCGAGGUCUGUCCGUCCCUGCCGCCCUCUGACUCAACCGGGUCCUUGUGCCAUGCCACCGUCUCCCCGUCCAAGUCCAUCCCCAUCCCGCAGAGUUUCCGCCCAGGGGAGGAGGACCACCGCAACCAGUUUGGUCAGAGGGACCGCUCCUCCUCCGCCCCCAACGUCCAUAUCAACACCAUCGAGCCAGUCAACAUUGACGACUUGAUUCGUGAUCAAGGUUUACAGAGGUCUGAUGGAGCCCCCCCGACCCACCCAGCCCGCUGCUUGAGGAAACAGCGCACGCGGACCUCAAGCCCCCUCCUAUACUCCUACCCCAAUGACACUGUCUUUGAUUUUGACCCCGAGCCUGUGUUCCGAGGUUCCACGACAGGACUGUCCGCCACGCCCCCUGCCUCGCUGCCAGGCUCCCUGACCAAUGUGAAGGUGCCGCAGAAGUCGCCAUGCCAACAGCGCGAGCGAAAGUCGUCGUCUUCGUCUGAGGACCGCAAUAAAAUGAAAACCCUGGGCCGGCGGGACUCGAGCGACGACUGGGAGAUCCCAGAGGGCCAGAUCACUCUGGGACAGCGGAUAGGCUCGGGCUCCUUUGGAACAGUCUACAAGGGAAAGUGGCACGGUGAUGUGGCGGUGAAGAGGUUGAACGUCACUGCACCCACUCCUCAGCAGCUGCAGGCUUUCAAGAAUGAAGUGGGCGUUCUCAGGAAAACCCGUCAUGUGAACAUCCUGCUGUUCAUGGGCUACACCACCAAGCCCCAGCUGGCCAUCGUCACGCAGUGGUGCGAGGGCUCCAGCCUCUACCACCACCUGCACAUCAUCGAGACCAAGUUCGAGAUGAUCAAGCUCAUCGACAUCGCCCGCCAGACAGCGCAGGGCAUGGACUACCUGCAUGCCAAAUCCAUCAUCCACAGAGACCUGAAGAGCAACAACAUCUUCCUGCAUGAGGACUUGACGGUGAAGAUCGGUGACUUUGGCCUGGCCACGGUGAAGUCUCGCUGGAGCGGCUCACACCAGUUUGAGCAGCUCUCUGGGUCCAUCCUGUGGAUGGCCCCCGAGGUGAUCCGGCUUCAGGACAAGAAUCCGUACAGUUUCCAGUCGGAUGUGUAUGCCUUUGGCAUCGUGCUGUACGAACUGAUGUCUGGAGUGCUGCCCUACUCGAACAUCAACAACAGAGACCAGAUCAUAUUUAUGGUGGGCCGGGGCUACCUGUCCCCGGACCUGAGUAAAGUGCGCAGUAACUGCCCCAAGGCCAUGAAGAGGCUGAUGGCCGACUGCCUAAAGAAGAAGCGGGAGGAGAGGCCCCUCUUUCCACAGAUCCUGGCCUCCAUAGAGCUGCUGGCACGCUCGCUACCCAAGAUCCACCGCAGCGCCUCGGAGCCCUCUCUCAACCGCGCCGGCUUCCAGACGGAAGAUUUCAGCCUGUAUGCCUGCGCCUCCCCAAAGACCCCCAUCCAGGCUGGCUGCUAUGGGGAGUUUUCAGCCUUCAAGUAGAGCUGCAGACAUCACUAGUCCAUCCCUCAUCACCUUUUGCUAAGUCUUGUGUUCCUACAGUGGGUUCAUGCAUAAAGCUGAAAAAAAAGAAAA